CUUUUUCCAUCCACCUGCAAACCACCCCCUGCCAUGUCCGCCAUCUCUGAAAAGCCAGCGGGGCCCUCAGCCUUCACCCCCUACCUCGACACCGUCGCCAACAUCUUCCACCCCGUCGCCGGCCCCGUCUUCAACACUUAUGCCAGCUUCCACGGCUGGAAGGAGAGCAUGGGUUUGGUCCAGCCCGGUACUGUCGAGAACUUGACCAGGGAUGUGUCAAGUGAGUUGAGACUUUGAUUCAGGAUUGGGAUAGAAGGAGGAUACGCUUGCGGGGGGUUUCGAGGAAUCAUCGAAAACGCAACAUAUGACGCUUUCGCUGACAUGUCCUCUAGGUGUCCACUUGGCCAACUGGAUGUUUGACGGUGCCAGAGCCGAUAUCGCCAAGGUCAUCUCUGGCAACCCUGCCUUCCAGCUCACCCACUCCUUCUCCCUCGGAUCGUCUUCUAGACCCGCUGCUUACAACUUUGGUGUCAUCUUUGCCAACGCCAAGAGCUUCUUGCAAGGUGGUAUGGACGGCAGCGGUACUCUGACCAUGCGAGCGAACCAGACUUGGUCUGCUCGAGACCUUACCAAGGUCCAGGCUCAGGUCACUGACAAGCCCGGCCACACCAUGGUCCAGCUCGAGCACGACCACCUCGGUGACCACUUUACCUUCUCCUGGAAAUCCAUCAACCCUUCUCCUCUCGACUUCACCGGCAUCCACAUGGCCUCCCUCCUCCACUCUGUGACCCCCCGUCUUUCUCUCGGUUUCGAGACUGUCAUCCAACACCCCGAACCCGGCAUGGUGGCCCUCGCCAACUCUUACGUCGCCAAGCUCACUUCCCUCCCCAACCCCGUCGCCGCCCUUACCCCCACUACCCCCGGCGUCCCUUCGCCUUUCGUCCCCAGCUGGGUCGCGACCGGUCAGCUCCAGCCCGACGGCAACGUCCAGGCUACAUACUACCAGAAGCUCACCGACAAGGUCGACGUUGCCCUCGAUUUCCAGACUGCUAUCCGAGGCGCGAGCAUGAUGGGUCCCGCGCAGAGGGCUGCUGUGACCACUUUGGGUGCCAAGUACGACUUCAGGAUGGCUACUUUCAGGGGACAGAUCGACAGCGGGGGCAAGAUUGGCAUGUACCUGGAGCAGAGGUUUACUCCUGCUUUCGCCUUCCUCGUCGCUGGUGAGAUUGACCACGCCAAGAACGCUUCCAAGUUCGGUGUCGGAAUCAUGAUUGAGUCUUCUACCAUGACCCAGGAGGAGAUGAUUGCUGCUGGCAUGUUGACUCCUGUGUAAACAGCGAGUGCAGUGGAAUUGGCGUGAGAAGUGGGGAAUGAUGAGGGGGAUACGAGGUGAAGCAGAGACAGCUGGUUCGUAAGAAGGAGAGAGGAGAGCAGGGUGAAAACUGUAUAGCAAUAGAGUCGGGAUGGACAAGGACGGAAAAGGGGACGAGUGUGAUCCUAUAUUCUGUAAGGGGUUAUUAGACUUCUUACCUACCAAUCCCUAGUAUUUCAUUUCUCUCAACCCAUCUAUCUGUAUCAACGCAACGCAUGGAAUAUGGAUCCUCACAC